AUUUUCCUAUUUUGUCGGUUUUCAAACUUGAGGGCAGUUGCAACAAUUCCUGCUUUAUUACCUUAACUAUAACAUAGAUACAAAAUAAUCAAAAAUAAAACCCAAAUAUUUGUCAAUGAACUCGAGUUAUACAGAAAUAAGAACAUUUCAAAACAAUGUACAUGUUCCAGUGUGCUUUUCCGACAGGAAUUACAAAUUUAUCCAGCUAAAAAAUGGUUUGCUUACUUUGUUAAUAUCCGAUCCUGCAAAUGAUUCUGCUGCUAGUGCCCUAACUAUUGCAAGUGGAUCAAAUAAUGAUCCUAAUAAUAUUCCUGGUCUUGCUCAUUUUUGUGAACAUAUGUUAUUUUUAGGAACAAAAGAAUAUCCAAAUCCCUCAAGUUAUAGAAAAUUAUUAUCUUCAGUUAAUGGAAGACAAAAUGCUUUCACCACAGGAGAACAAACUUGCUUUUACUUUCAAAUCCCAAAUAUAUUAUCACACUCAGGUUCCAAUAAUUACUCACAAUCUGAUUCAACACUAAACAAAGUUUUAAACCAUUUUUCCAGCUUUUUUAAAUCUCCUUUAUUUAAUGAAAAUAUGGCCAAAAAAGAAAUAUUUGCUGUUGACAACGAACAUUCGAGCAAUAAAAAAUCAAAUGGAAGAAUUAUGUACCAUGGUUUUCGAAUUUUGGCAAAUAAAAAUCAUCCAUUCCAUAGAUUUUGCACAGGAAACUUUUUUACUUUAAAUGAUUUGCCGGCUUUUUCCAAAAUCAAUUUGAGAGAAAAAUUGAAACGUUAUUACAAUGAAAAUUUUAAAGCUGAAAACAUGACAUUGGUUCUUAAAGGACCCCAAUCUAUUACUUCUUUGCAAAAACUUGCUAUUUCUAACUUCAGUGAUAUAAGAUCUUCUAUUUUGCAAGAUUAUGAUUCAAAAAGUAAACUCUCCAAGUUGAAAAGAAGAAAUAACUCGGUUGAUACCAUCUAUUCAUUUGAGAAAAUAAAGAAACCAGAAAUAAAUGAUUUUGCAAUAGGACCCGAUACAUGGGCCAAAAAAUAUCAAAGUAAAAUCUACCCGAAAGAAAACUUGUUGAAAUGUGUUUUUAUUAAAUCAACAACCUUGCCAUCUGGAAUAAUGAGAAUUAUUUUUCCGGUUCAUUACGACUCAAAAAACCCUCAAGAAUAUAGAGAAAAUAAUCUAUUUUCAACUAUAUGUUGCAAUCUCUUAUCUAAUGAAUCUGAUGGGUCUUUAUCCUCGUAUUAUAAAAAAUUAAACUUAAUAACAGGAAUAGUUUGUUACACUUCUGAUCUUUCUCAAGGGAACGAUAUCAUUCUUGUCGAAUUAAAAUUAACAUCAAACGGUUAUAACAAGUUAUUACAGGUGUUGCAGAUCAUUUUCAAAUAUAUCAAGAUGAUUUUUCAAUUAAAAAAUAUUGAUGAGCUAGCAAAAUAUUUAUCAGAACAAACUUCAAUAGACCUAUUAUCAUAUAUUUAUAGAGAAAAUAACCAAGCCAUUAUGGAUGAAGUAUCUGAUCUUUCAAAUAUAUUGCAAUCAAAUCUUGAGGGUCUUAACCAUUCAUGGAUUCUGAAAGGAACCCCAUCUUGGAUAGAUCAAAAAGGCUUUCAAGGUGGCUAUUAUGAAAGUGAUAAAGCCAAAAAAUGGUGGACAAACUGUGCAACACAAUUAAUUGGCUUUGGUUUAACCCAUCUUAGCAUGGAAAAUUUCAAUUUGGUUAUUCUUGGUAAUGAAGUAUUGUUAAAAAAUAAAAUUCUUAUCAAUAAUUUGUUUCAAUAUAACAACUGUAAUCAAGAAGAUUUAGGCCAAUUCAUUAAAAUUGUCGACGAUAAAACAGAAACUGAACCAUAUCUAAAGGACAUUAAUUUCCAAAUUCAAUACAAGAUCUUUGAUGUAAUACUGUCCAAGUUAAUUAUGAAAGAUAGACUUUCCACCCUUAUUGUGAAAAGAAUAAAAAAGUCGACAUUGCAUACGAUUGCUCAACAGAAAGAAGAGCAUAUUCUAUACAUUCCAAAAACAAACGAAUUUUUACCAGAUAUAGCACUAUACCAAUCAAGCUUAUUGACAAUUCUUGAUAAACUGUCUGAAAAAUCAUCUAAUUCUUGGAUAAGUUGCUUUACCAAAGACCCUUGUAUUAUCAACAUUCCUUCAAUCUACUCUCGAAAUGAUUUUCAUGAACUUUGGAUAAAGAAUGAGUCUACUGUUCCAUCCUGUAAAUCUCGUUGUUGCAUUUCAUAUGAGAUGAUUGGUAUCAAUACACUGCCCUCUCCCAAAGCUACUAUAUGCAACGAGAUUCUUUGUGAGUUGAUUGCUAUUCAUUUAAGAAAAAAACUAUAUCCAGCAGAAAUACUCGGAUAUCAAUGGUGUUUAGUUUCUUCAAUGAAAGGUGAUUCUAGAAUAAACAUAACAAUAUCAGGGUUUAAUGAUGGAAUUGAAAAAAUUCUUAAAGUUAUCACUGAUGAAAUAAUAGAUGUAAAUAAGUUAUUCGAUUCCUUGAUCUGUUAUGAAGAUUAUAAAAGAUCUAGAGUGUUAAUAAGAGAGAGAUAUAACGAAUUAAUAGAUCAACCAUCAUUUUUAAUUGCAUCAGCAGGUUCAAUUGUGCUACUUGAAGAAAAUUCAUGGAAUUUAAAUGAACGAUUAGAAUCGCUUGAAGAGGUAGAAUUAAGCGAUAUUAAAAACUAUACCAACAAAUUUUUUGGUAAUGGAUUAUAUUUAAAUCUUUUUGUUCAUGGAGAUUAUAUGGAAGAAAAAAUAGCUGAAUAUUCAAAAAUACUUAAUACUUUAACAAAACACUUGGACAGAAAAAUAACAAGAUUUACCACAAAACAAAGAAGAAUAAUUUUAAAUGAGCCAUCUAGUUAUUAUAUUAAACCUUCAAGAUCCUAUGUUUAUAAAAGCAAAUCUGCCGAAAAUGAUCCAACAAAUAGCAUUGUUUACUACAUACAAACAGGACUUCGUAAUGACAGCAAAAUCAAAAUAUUAUCAAAUGUAGUUGCCUAUUUAAUUUCUGAUACUGUUUCCCCAAUCUUAAGAACGAAGAAACAGUUAGGUUAUUUAGUUGGAGGAGGAUUGAGAGUAUUUAGAUCUACUAUAGGAAUACAUAUAUCCAUUAUGAGUGGUAAGUACAGUCCUGAACAACUAGAAGAUGAAAUCAACAAGUAUUUAAUGGAGUUGGAAAAAACAAUUGAAGAUUAUACCGAAGAAGAAUUUGAGUCCAAAAUUAAAAAACCAUUUUUAAAAAAAUAUCUAGGUAAUAUUGAGCUAGAAACAUUGAUGUUAGGAAAUAAAGCUCAGAAUGAAUAUUUUAAUUUAGUUAGUUUUAAUAGAAAUCAGCCAAAAGACUCAGAAUCAGAAGGCCCAGAAAAUAUCACUUCAACGUCAAUGGUUAGAACAGGAGGGUUAUUGACGAAUUUUGAAUCGUCAAUUUUAAAACAUCAUAAUGCAAUAUGGGAAGAGAUUUCAGGAAGAACGUAUGAAUUCCAAAAGAUUAAUAUUAGUCCAUUAAAUUACCUCAGGAAAAAUUGUAAAAUUGAUUUGAUAGGGAUUAAUGAGUUGGAUAAAAAAACGUUUUUAAAAUUUUGGAGAAAGAAAAUAUCAAUAAAAUCUUAUGAAAAAUCGAAAAUUUCCAUAAUGAUAUCUAGUACUCAAUCAAAGCAAAAAGCUAGAAAUGAAGAAAUAACAAUGCAACUAGAAGUUUUUUUGAAAUUAAAAGGAUUGACUAUGGACAGUGAAGCUUUAAAGGAGAUUGUUGAAAAAUGUGAUGGAAACAAUAUGUUAAUUUCAAAAGAAAUGUUCAGAUAUUUUAGGAAAAAUGGAAAGAGUUUAAAAUUCAUUGGUUCCAUGGUAAAAGAUUUAAUCAGGAAUAUGAAAAUAACCAUGUCGAAACAAAAUAACGAAAGUGAGGAAAAUGAAAUAGAUAUGACAAAUGUGGAUUGUACGCCUCUUUUAGAAAAUGAAAUAAUAACGAGUAUAAAAAACUUCCAUGAAGAAAAUAAAGUGUUUAAAGGAGAAACAACAGAUCAUAGAAACGGGAAAAUCUAUGAGUUAUAAUAAUUAUCUAAACAUAAAACCAUCGCCUUCCCCUUGUCUUC